AUGUCCACCGGACAGCCUGCCCUGGCUCUCGGCCCCACCGCCAAGGGGGCCCCGCUGGAGGCGCACCUGGAUGCGCGGGGCCGGUGGGCCCGUGGGCCCAUCGGCCACCCCCCCGGGCUCCUGGAGCUGGGCGCGAAGCUGCGCGCGGCGGACGACGACGGCCGCGCCGCCGUCAGCGACACCUGCAGCGGCUCCAGCGCCGACCACUCCGACGCCGACGAGGACGCCUCCUCGGAGCCGUGGUCCGCGGGGCCCGUGCGCCCUCCGCCGGGCCUCCUUCUCACCAGGGUGCCCCUGGCGAGCGACGGCGGCCGCGAGGCCGACAGCGACGAGCGCAGCGUCCGCGGCGCGAGCCCCGGCCGCUCCGACGCCGACGGCGGCCCCGCCGCGGAGCCCUGGCCCGUGGCGCCCGCCGGCGCCGGGCUCGGGCUCGAGGUGGGCAAGGCCGCACUGGCACGGCCGCACUGGCUCGGGCUCGAGGUGGGCACCCGGCUCGGCGCCGCACUGGCCGGCCUGCCGGCCGGCCUGCCGCUGCCGCUGAAGGUGCCCGUGCGCCCGCGGAGCGGCGGCGGCGGCCUGGCCGGCAGCGACGGGUGCAGCAGGGGCCCCGCCCCGGAGCCGUGGCCCCUCGGGCCCCUGCGGCCGCCCCCGGGGCUCGGCCUGAAGGGGGCGGGCAAGGCCGCCCCUGCUGGGGCCCCGCCAGAGCCGUCGCCCCUCCGCAGCCAGGCAGAGCCAUACGUCCCCAAGUGCCUCGCGCUGGCGGGGAGCCAGCAGACCGGGCUCGACGUCGCCGGGCCGAAGCCUCACGAGCGGACCACGGUGAUGAUGCGCAACAUUCCUCUUUCCUGCACGUGCGAUUCGCUGAUCGAGCUGCUCGAGUCCAAGGGGUUCUCUGGGUGGUUUGACUUCGUCUACGUCCCCAUCAAGCGCACCGAGGUGCUCGGCGUCGGGUACGGAUUCGUCAACCUGGUCACACCAGAGCGAGCGGAGGAGUUCAUGCUUGCCUUUGAGGGGUUCGAUGGCUGGGCAGAAUCGCCCUCCAGAGCGGCAUCCACCAUGCACUGGAGCGUUUGCCAGGGCCUCAGUCGGAACAUCAGCCGCUAUCGAAACAGCCCGUUGAUGACCGAUGAGGUGCCGGCGUUCUACAAGCCGGUCCUCCUGAAGGACGGCGUGCGCAUCGCGUUCCCCAGGCCCACGACGCCGCUGCGCGCACCGAGGCGCCGCGCGAUCAAGGAAUAG